AUGUCCAACUCUAUUCCUCUCACUGCUCGAGCUGCUGUGCUUGUUGACUUCGAAAAGGAUGUGGUUAUAGCGACCGAUCACCCCGUCAGGCAGCCGUCCGAGCUAGCGCCUGGGGAGUGUCUGAUCAAGAUCGAGUAUGCCGGUGUAUGCCACAGCGACUUACACAUCCGUCAAGGUGGUUGGGGAAGAAAGCUCUCGUUGCCUCUCAUCGGAGGGCAUGAAGGUGUCGGGCACGUCGUUGCUAUUGGCGAGCAUACUGUCGAUUCUCAAGUCAAGAUCGGAGACAGAGUCGGUAUCAAAUGGAUAGCUAACGUUUGCAUGAAAUGCGAAAUGUGCCGCAAAGGGGCGGAAUCAAGCUGUCCUCUUUCUUUUCAAAGGGCCUCUGGGUACAGCAUGGACGGUACCUUUGCGGACUACGUCGUUUCAUAUGCCAACUACGUCACACCAAUACCACCUAGUGUUGGUAGUGCUGAAGCUGUCUCUAUUUUAUGUGCAGGCGUGACCGUCUAUAAGGCACUGAAGCAGACACGUACCAUUGUCGGGCACUGGGUAGCCAUCUCUGGCGCAGGAGGUGGAUUGGGGCACCUGGCUGUGCAAUAUGCUGUUGCGAUGGGACUACGGGUGCUGGCUAUUGAUACCGGAGAGGAGAAGAAGAAGUUGGUCCAAAGCUUGGGUGCUGAAGCUUGGGUAGACUUCAUGGAAUCGAAGGACCUGAUUCAAGACAUCAAAGACGCUACUGAUGGGCUCGGUCCUCAUGCCGCUGUAAUCGCAGCUGGGAGCAGUACACCUUUCAACCAGGCUAUACUUUACCUGCGGCCUUUGGGCACAUUGGUGGCUGUCGGAAUGCCAAAGGACGCAGCUAUGAACAUUCCCAUAGCGCUGUUCAUCGGCAAGAGCUUAACCGUGGUGGGAACCUCGGUUGGUAAUCGUCAAGACGCUACCGAGGCGUUGGAUCUCGUGGCUCGGGGCAAAGUCAAAUGUCAUUACCAGGAGAAACAACUACAAGACCUGAAUCAAAUCUAUACUGAGAUGGAAGCCGGAAGAAUUGUAGGACGAAUCGUCCUCAAGAUGUAA